AUGACGACGGUGAAGCUGAGAGAAACAAUAGAUCUCACGGACAAUGAACGAAAAAUCUUCGACCUUCUUUUAGGUUUUCUCCAUGAAUCUAACCUCAAAACGCAGCUCCGCGUCGCAGGUGGUUGGGUGCGCGACAAGCUUCUGGGGAAAGAUUCUGAUGAUAUUGACAUAGCCAUCGAUGACAUGACAGGAAGUGAAUUUCUUGAAACGUUUCAGGAUUAUUUUUCUAAUAAAGUGGGAGAAGUUGUGAACAUCCAUAUCAUUAAAAGUAACCCUAAGAAAUUCAAACAUUUGGAGACCGGGAAGAUGCGUCUCUUUAACCAGUGGAUAGAUUUUGUACAGUUGAGAAAAGAAGAAGCUGAUGAGAACAGUCGUUAUCCUAAAUCAGCUUUUGGAACUCCAGAAGAGGACGCUUAUAGAAGAGACUUAACUAUAAAUAGAAAACUAGUAGAGUUUAUAAGGGAUGAUGAUGAUGAUGCAAUGACAGGCAUUGAUGACCUCAAGUCUGGAAGAAUUAUCACUCCAUUACCUGCAAAAACUACUUUUCUGGAGGAUCCCUUGCGAGUUCUUCGUGCGAUUCGCUUUGGUGCAAAGUUUUGUUUUACUCUAGAUGAAGAGCUGAAAGAAGCUGCUUCAAGUGAGGAAGUUAGAGUAGCUCUUGAAAGAAAAAUAUGCAGAGAGCGUAUAGGAAACGAAAUUGAUAUGAUGAUAACUGGGACUGGACCUGUAUCAGCAGUUACUUAUCUGUCUGAUUUCAAACUGUUUGGGGUUGUCUUUGCUAUUCCCUCUUCAUCUGAGCCCUCACCGGGAACUAACUGUGGCAGUCUCUGCCGAGACUACAUGGAAGCUAUGUGGAACUUAAUUCAGACACAUGGGCUCGUUAACUUCAGUAGUGAACAAAGAAGGCUUGCUCUUUACGCAGCUCUGUUCCUGCCGUUUAGGAGAAUGGUCUACAAGGAAAACAAAGAAAAAUUGGUUUCUGUUGUCAACUACAUCUUGAAGAACUCUAUGAAGCGGAAGUUUAAGGACGCUGAAACAGUUAUCAGUAUACACCGUGCAGCGGAGAGAUUCAAGUCGUUGAUUCUUCCUCUUCAGUUGAAGAAUCCAGUACAUCUGGAUAAACUUGAUUGGGGUAGUGAGAUUCUUGAGCUCUGUGAAUCCAUCUCCUUAAAUGAUCCAAAGGUCCUCGCAACAUCUAAAAUAAGAGUACUCACAGGGUUUCUUCUUAGAGAUAUAAAAGAUUUCUGGCGUGUUGCCUUGUUAGUAUCAUUACUGCUGUAUAAGGAUGAUGAUGGCAUGAAUCUUGAUCUUGACAAGAAAAUAGAAAUUUAUCUAACAAUUCAGGACAACAUCCGUGAACUGAGUCUUGAUAACGUUUGGGAUAUAAAGCCUCUGAUGGAUGGAGAAGAGAUCAUUAAAGAAGUUCAAAAGGAAGGACUGGUUACCGCAAAACAAGACAGAGGACCCAUUAUACGUGAAUGGCAAAAGAAAAUGCUUACAUGGAAGCUAACUUAUACCAAAGGUUCCAAAGAGGAAUGGAUGAGUUGGAUGAGACAAAAACUAACAAGGACUUGCGUGACUUUGGAACAUGGGGAGAGUUUGUGA